CAUUAAUACACACAUACGCAUAAUGAAUAAUCGUAGUGAAGUGAUAAUAUGUGUCUGUCAUGUUGUUUAUUUCAACAUUUGAUUAAAUAAUGAAGAAUUGCAAAUUAGUUGCAUAGUGAUUGAUAGCUCUAGAAUAUAUUAAUAAAAAUAUGUUUAGUCCUAUACAGAUAAAACAUGAAUGUAUGGGAGUAGAAGAUGUUAACUGUGGUAAUAGAAUUAAUACUUCUGAUAAUACUAAGUAUCCAAUAUUCAUUAAUGAAGAUGUUGACUAUAAAUAUAAUCAAUUGCCACAAUUUUGGGGUCAUACACAGUUAUCAAAUGAGAUACGACCAAAGAAUGAAGUUCACAAUCAACAAUGUUUAUUCCAAAUGGAAGAAAAUGGUUCUUUAGCAUACAUGAAAGGUUGUAUACAAAAUGGUAUGUUAUUCCAAGUUAAUCAAGAGGGAGGUACGGAUCACAACCAACUAAAUCAACAAUGUCAUAUAAACACUACCCAAAAAACCGAACAGUCACAACUUUCUCAAGACAUACAGCAAUCAAAACUUGUAAAUCAAAUACUGACAGCUUCAGAGCCAGCAUCUUCAAUAAAGUCAAACCGUCCUGGAAGACCACCUAAAAGUUCUUCCAAAACAAAUGUAGGAAAAAAAUUUAAAUGCCAAUGUGAGAUAUGCUUCAAAGAGUUUGGACAUAAAAGUAAUUUAUUUAUACAUAUGAGGACUCAUAAUGGAGAACGGCCUUACAAAUGUAAUCAAUGCGAUAAGUGUUUUACGCAUAGUGGAAAUUUAGCUAUUCAUAUGAGAACACAUUCUGGUGAACGACCUUACGGGUGCCAAAUAUGUGGAAAAAUGUUUAGUCACAGUGGAAAUUUAUCAACACACUUACGGACUCAUUCAGGCAUAAAACCUUAUAAAUGUAGUAUAUGUGGUAAGGAAUUCAGGCACAGUGGAAAUUUAUCGAUACAUAAAAGGAUACAUUCCGGAAUUAAACCGUUUCAAUGUAAAGUUUGUGGAAAGGAUUUUUAUCAUAGUGGAAAUUUAACAACUCACAUGAAAAAACAUAAUGUAAAUAUUAACACUAGCGUUAAUCUAUGUGAAAAUAAUGAAAGGCAUGCAAUGUGUGCUGCAGUGAAUCUUAAUGAUACUGCAUCUUUAAAUUCAUUUAAUAAUUUACCAUUGAGUCCAACUAAUGAUAUGAAAGUGAUGCCUAAUACAAACAAUAUUGUUCCUAUAAAAAAUGAAAGAAAUAAUGAAGGAUUAACAAGUGCAGUUGGAAUAUUGACAUCAACAUAA